UGUCAGUUGUUCGCAUUGCAAAUGGCGGCUCCUUGUUAUUGUUCAUGGCGUUUUAUGACUUGUCCCUUUAUAUUACCGAUUAUGUCGAGUUUUUUCGUGAUUCCUACCGCGCGCUGUGUGCAAAAAGUGAAAUAAGACUUGCACGGCAUAUUUUAGAUUAAAAUUAGUGUUCUUGUGGUGUGGCUCCGUGCAUUUUGAACGCGAGAAAUCCCGCACGAAGUUGGAAAGAAAUGGGGUAACGUUAAAAUUUUCUUGUGUUCAUACGGUAUGAAAUCGUUCUGUGCAAAGACUGAAGUGAGGCUCGUUGGCUACCAUGCUGUUCAUUAUUGAAUUUUAACUUUGUUUUGGUAAGCAUACGUAAUUAUCAAGUAUACAAGGAAGCUGCAAAAUAAAAAUGUUCAGACUUUUGACGGUCUAUCUUGAGCAUGCUUGAGCCCACUUCACGUACACCUCCCCCGACGGACAAAAUGGUGGCCCCCCGAUAUCUAGUGCUCUGGAUGCCUUAUUUUAUCGAAAAUCAUUAUGGAAAUUGUCAAAAUCAGCUGUUGUUUAUACAGGAUACUAAAUUUCGAUUAGCGCAACAAUUUACAUUUUAUGUCUGAUUGAAAAAAAUAUUCUAUAACCUAUUUUCUUCCACAUAGAAGUUGUGCCCCUGUCUUAUGGCCCAAAAGAUUUUAAUUGCAGUUCCAACAAUAAAUAUAUUUGUUAGUGUUGGAGUGGUUUGGAGUUGUCGGUUUAAAACCGACAGUCAAACAUCUUAUCACCACAUAUUCUAGUGGUACCCUGAGGCGUUUGAACCUCUCUGGGUAGUAUGUGAUUUGUGGUUGUCAUGGCGGCUGAUAGUGAUGGUGAUCUAAUUCAAACAGUUAUAACGUGUGAAGGUAAUUUAGAAGAUCCAGAGUUUCCACACAAAUUUAAAAUCAUUGUUGAUCAUCUUAAAUCUUUGCUUUGCAAAGAUAAUGGUGAUGGUUUAAGAGUAAAUAAAGUAGAGCCAUGGAAUUCUGUCAGAGUCACAUUUUCAAUACCCAGAGAAGCUGCACUACGUCUUCGAGAAUUAGCAGCCCAGGGUUCUCCAACACUUACACAACUUGGAAUUCUUUCAGUACAAGUUGAGGGAGAUCAGGUAAUAUCAUUGAGGAUAGCUAAUCGCUUUAGUGGAGAGGCACAGGAAAUUGUAUUACGUUCAGGAUCUUCACAAGACAAUAGUGCCAAAUCUCAAAAUGAAUCCACUAGCAAUACAUCUAAUAUGGAUAGUGAACCUCCAACAGCUUUACCUGGUCCAAGUAAUACAACUAGUAUUUCUUCAGCAUUACGUAAUGUGGCUCAAAUAAUUGCAGCUGGUACAUCAUCGGAAAAAGUACCACAAUUUCGUUCUCCAAAUGUAGUUGCACCCACAGACUGUGAUCCUAUUCCACCUUUUCUUGCAAAAUCUGUACAGUCCGCAUCAGGCAGUAACAAUGUUGGUGCCUCUGGAAAUCAAACUGUAACUAAUCCCAGUGCUUCGCCUAGGAAUAAUUAUAAUGGUCCAUUCCCAUUUGCCAGUAUGACACAUGCUGCCCAAGCAAUUCAUAAUCGUGAAUCACAAGCAACCACAAUAAAAAAUACAAUGCAAUUUAAACACCAUGUUCAGCCACCUCCGCCUUAUCCUGCUCAAGAGAAUUUGGCGACAGUAACAACAUUAACAGCUGGUCAUACUACUACUCAAUCAGUUGUAUCAGUUGGUCAGUUAACAAAUCAGUACAAGUCUUCAAUUACCACUACAUCUAGUCUGUCACCAAACAAUAACAAUCUGGCAGGGAAUUCAAAUGGUAAUGGAAAUCAAGUUGCUUUGUCCAGUCCACUUCUUGUUAAUCUUUUACAAAAUGAUGCUAAUACGCAUCCAAAUAAUGUGAUACCUGGUCAGAAAAUGUUACCACCAGCAGUUAUCGAUAAUUCUGGACUUACAAAUCGUAUGAGACCCACUAAAAAACCAACAGUUAGAAGAAAAGAUUUAGCUUCACCUAAUGAAUCACCACCGAAUUUAGAUUCUCUUAGAACAGAGGAUCUUAUAGGAGGAACAACAGUAGUUUCUGACUUAUCUCAAUCUUCUACAUCUGCAUUUGCAACUGUUAAUGCUAAUCAAUCUUCAACUAUUUCUCAACAACAUCCAGUUAAUGUAAUUAGUGGCGUUGCACAAAAUAUAGCCCAGCAAGCAGUACAUCAAGCUUCUGUUAGUGGACAAAUACAACAACCUGCAUCAUCACUACAUGCUCAAGUACAAAUACAGCAAAAGUUUCCCAUCAGACAAGAAUUGGCUUACAGACCAUCACAAGUACAAUUACAAAGUCAACUUCCAAUUAGACAUCCAGUAAAUGGACAGCAAAUUCGAACACCUUUGCAACAACGGCAAUUACUUCUUCAACAGCAACAGCAACAUCAAGUUCAUUUAACACAACAACAACAACAACAAUUGAAUCAACAAAAUAUAAAUUCUCCCCAUUUACUUACACAACAGAUUUCAACUCAACAACAAUCUUUGGUACAAUCGCAAAAUGUAAAUACAUCGUUACAGUCUACAUCCGUUUCCAGUCAACCACUUUUGCAACAACAACAAUUAAUGCAACAUUCAUCAGUAGGCAUAAAUGUUCCACAACAACGGCUAAGUUACUUAAAUAAUCAACGUCAACAAACUCCACCUCCUUAUUCACGACAACAAGUUCCACCACAGUCCCAUUUAGGACAACAAAAUCAAGUAUUGAAUGUGCAACAACAAUUACAUCAUAAUCAACUUAAAAAUGUUAAUGUUAACACUAAUGCUACAACUGAUUUUCGUUAUGGACAAAGUCAAAAUAUUUUAAGCAGAAAUUAUCAAACUACAACUAGUACCGCUAAUGGGACCACGUGGAACGCACAAAAUAAUUCUAUUCCACAAGGUGCUCAGGUUAAUACCAUUCGUCUGCCAACUACGAAUCAGGUUUCAGGUGCCUUUUCUCAGUGUGGAUCUCAUACUAAUCAUAUUUCUAAUAGUAAUAUUGUUUCGCCUGCUACUAAGGUUGAAACUUCUGAAUCUCCUAAUCCUAAAGAAGAGACACCUGAACCAGAAUAUACAUCAACUGGUAAAAUACGACAAUUUCUUAUUAACCCUUUAACUGGACAUUUGGAACCAAUGCCUAGUGAGAGCUCAGAUUCAGAACCAGAAAGUGCAGUAGAUAAUCAAGAUGAUUUCUUUUCCUUUCCAUCACCAUCAAAUGAUCGAUCAAAUUCCAUAUUUUCUGACGACGAUGCAGACAGUAAUUUCUCAAGAAGAAAUGAUACAACAACAAAUACGGAUCAGUCAGAUUCCGAAACCACAGUGAAAUCUACUGCCAGUGAAGGAAGUUUGAAGCAUAGCAGAAUAAAAUCUAACAGAGAAACCGCACAAAGUCCGAUGCCUGGAGAGAAAAUCAAAUUAAGACUAAAGUUAGAAAAAUCUGAACCUGUUACUCCAGCUUAUAAAGUUGAUGUUUCGUUUGUAAACACACCACCGAUUAGAAAAGCUGAUAAAUCAGUAAAUAAAAUGUUUACUGGUAUUCCCAACUCAGGAACUGGUGAUGAACCAAGAGUGCCUCCCUUACACAUUUCUUUAAGAGGACGUAAUGCUUCUGUAGUACAAAUCAGAAAAAAGGAAAAGAAAUCCCUAAAAGAUGGUGAGUCUGACCCUACUAAUAUAAAAAGGAGAGGAAAAUUAAAAAAAAUGAAAGAAUGUAUAGAUGGGAACAAAUUGUUGCAAAAAAAGUCAUCUUUAAGCAUGAUUAUAGGUACUUCAUCUGCAUCUAAAUUACCUUUAUCUAAUAACACGAUGAUCAACAGUACUAAUUCUAUUAGCAAAGUUAAUAAUAUACUUCAAACAGUUGUAUCAAAACCUAAUGCCUUAAAACAAGAAUUAUCUAUGGAUGUUGUACGUGUACAAACUGGUAUUACAAAACCAAGUUCAAGUAAAAGUAGUGAUGUUGAUGACAUACCAUUAAACAGCCGAAUACCAUCCCCUUCAAAACAUAAAUCCACUAUUUUGAAUCAACCUUUGAAUACACAACAGUCUUUAACAAAAAGUCAAGUUGAACUAGAUGUUCAAAAUCAUGUACAGGAGCAUAAAAUAGGAGGAGGAAAAACUAAAAGAAGAGAUUCUAAAAAGAAAUCAGAAUCAGGAGAUGGUUUACAUCGUGAACAAAAUUUAUUGUCUGGUGGUAGAAUUUUAGAUAAUCAAGCAAAAUGGAGAAAACUUAAUUAUAAAGGUGAUUCAAGUCAGUCUGUAAGAAAAGUUGAUACACUUUUGACUGGCAAUGAUUUCAAUACUGUCAAAAAAGUAGGAGAAAUUAGAAGAACGAGCGAUAGUGAAAUUUCUCGAUCAAUCGAAAAGAAUACCUUAAAUGCUGUUGCUUCAAGAUUAACUGAAGUAAAUGGUGUUAAAAAAGAUUUAAUUAGCCAAGAAAAAAGGAGAAGAUUAAGUUUAAUGGAUGAGAAAGAUCUGCAUUUAGGAGAAUCUCAAGAUGCAGAAACCACACAUUUUAAUAAUCAGAAGACCAUUUCUGAAUGUUCUUCAGCCAGUACAGUUCCAAAUACAAAUACAAAUACAAAUACAAAUACAAAUACAAAUAUAAAAUCUGCUAGUAAUUCAUCAUUUGAAAAUGAAACUUCUGGAUUAGUACCACCAAUUAUAUCUACACAAAAUGAUUCAAAUCCAUCUACUAAUAUUGAAAAUAAAGUAUCUACACAUGUUGAAACUUCUAUGAAAAAUACGCAAUCACCUGUAAAUAGAAUUAUUUCUGGAAAAAUUAAAACAGAAACAGAUAAUUGCAAAACAAAUUGUAAUAUUAUAACAAAAAGUCAAACUAUUAAUCAGAAAUUAAAACACAUGGUUUCAAAAAAUGAUGCAAAUACUAUCAUUAACAGACAUAAUAAAAUAGAACAUAUUGGUCAUAAAAAAAUAAUUCAGAAUCAUGUAAAACAAUCUGACCGAUCUACAGAAAACAAAGUGGAUAAUACACAAAGAAUUAGUUUAUUAAAAACACAAUGUUCAACAAUAGGAAACUCAAUGGACCAAGUUCCCAGAUCCCAAAAUGUUGAUGUACCUACCAGCAAGCCAACUUUACCAAUUGGAGAAAUUAAUGUAACAGAAGCAAAAGUUAAACAAAAAUUACUUGAAACUACAGUUCCAAUUGCAAUUGGUGUGGAUGCAAGUGUAGAAAGAGUCAGCAGUGGAGGAGGUGGUGAAGAUUCAGGUAUUGAGUCAAUGGAUGCUCUAUCAGAGAAAUCACCAAAUCAAGGGGAAUCUCCUUUGCAUAGGCCAGUGACUGAAUCAGUAACACAAAGCAGUGCAAAAACUGCUAUUCAAGGGGAAUCUACCCUACCAAUCACCAAUAAGAACGUGCCUUCCUCAACUAGUAGUAGUGAUAUGUGUUCAAAUUCCCAUUCGGAACUUCUAAAAUCCAGUGGCCCGCAAAGGUUAAGUCCUGUGUCCGUAGCAAGUUAUCUUGAAAAUCAUUUAAAUCGUAAUAUAUCAAAUUCCAGUGAACAUGACACAAAAAAUAUAUCUAGUGAAAAUUCAACUUCAACAAUACAGAGAACUGGUGGUCAUAGUGACUUGAUUCCUAGUUUAGAAGUGACUGAUAAAAGUGUAUCCAGCCCUCUAGUGUCAGGAUCUGUGACUAUUGUGACUACUUCUAUAUCCAGUACAGUGGAUAGUGAUAACUUAUUACAAUGCGCACAGCAACAAACAAAUGACUUUUCUGAAAAAGACAAUUGUAGCAUUAAAUUAGAAGCUUCUAUCAAUCAGCAUGAGCAGGGUAAGACAAAUAUGAAACAUGAAGUGUCAAGAACCCCAGAAAGUGCAUCUGAAGACAAUGUAAAAACAGUCAUAGAUGGUAAUAGUGCAAUUAGAUUAAAUGAUGAACCUCAUGGACAAAAUAAUAAUGGUGUGCCUGUAAUACAAAAUCAUGUUGCUUAUAAUAAGAUAAAGACAGAAAAACUUGAUACUACACUUACAAAUGAGGCUAAGGUGGUGGUAGACAACUCAUGUUCUAGUAGUUCAAGUUUUAGUUCUGAAAUCAAAGUAGAAUCUAAUGUUAAUGAAAAAGUUGAUGAUACAAGGCAAAAUGAUCGAUCAGAUAAUACAAAAAACUCUUUAAGUGCAACAUCUGUUAAGUUAGAACAAUGUUCCGAUCAAAACCAAAAAUCUAAUGUACAAAGUCAUCAACAAAUAUCUAUUAGGGAGUCUUCUAUGAAUCUUCAAAAAGUUGCAGAUGAUUUGGUUAAGAAAAUUGUAAAUGAUGCAAGUGAUAUAAACAUAGGUAUUCAAUCACCUCUUGGUGAAGAUCCUCAACCAAUUAGAAUUACUCCACCAUUAUAUACAUACUCUAAUCCAGUAGUUUUACAAAGAGAUGAGACUCCAAGCCCAGCAGCACAAAAUCCAGAAGUGGAUUCGAGUGAUGUUGAACAUGUCAAAAGAAAACGUAGGAGAAAACAAGAAUUAGAAGGACGACAAGAUGUUAUAUGUAUAGAAGACAAUGAUGAAACACAAUUUGUAGAAAGAUUGAAUUCUAAUAAUACAGAUGAUUAUGUUAAAAGACCACCAAAAUCAUUGUUAGAACAGCUUCUAAUAGAAAUACCGAAUGAUUCUAAUGAGAAAAGAUCUUUAAGAACAAGAUCCCAGAAAUUAAAUAGUCCUGAUAUCAUAAAGACUCCAAAAGGUAGUCCUCAUGGUCCUAAUAAAUUAGAAGAAAGACGCAGCAUAUCACCUUAUGCUAAAGCAAGUCCUAAAUUAGGAGUAUCUAAAUUAUCUCCUAAUACGACAAUAAAAGUGGGGAAAAGAAAACGUCAGGAAAGUGAAAGUUCUGUAGCAUCUAGCACUGCUGAUGAUCCACAACCACGACCAGGAAAACGAAAAUGUUCAGAAAAUGCUGCAGAACUUAUAAAAGCUUGUAUGGGUGUUGAUGAAGCUGCUUUAAAAAAACAAGUACCUGUCAAAGAAGAACAGCCAAAAAAGGGAUUUAAUAUACUGGCUAAGACUAAAAAAGGUCCCAUUGUGGUAGAAGUAGAUUCGUCUGAUGAUGAGCCAUUGAUUGAAUCUGUAGGAAAAGCAAGAAUGCGAUUAUCAGACGAAACAUCCGCUGCAUCUCCAAAAUCUAAAGAUCAAAAAACAAAUACAAGCACAACUGUUUCUGGCAGUCAAAUUAAUUCCAGUAAUAUAUCAAAUUUCAAUGCCAGUAAUAGAGUGCAAAGAGAGAGCCGUUUGUUAACUACUAAACAACCGAAUACAACCGCGAUAGUUACCGCCGGAAAGGAAAGACUACGUGGUACUUCCAUAUCCAAUAAUGAAUCCUUAGGAGAAGUUACAACAAGAAGAUCUGUUCGACAGAAUACAGCUUCGCCAUUGGCAACACCAGCAAGCAAUACAAGAGGUGCGUCUAGAUCUACAGAAGAUAUUACUAGACGAAAAACUCGAAGUGGUGCUGACACCUCGUACAGCGGGAACAUUGUUUUAGUAACAGCUGAAGCAACGGAGCAAGCAAAACGGAGGCGAAUAUCCCGAGAAAACAAAUGACCUUCGGGAAGUGACCUUGACAGUGAUUAGCUACCGUCGCUCGUCAAGGCCUAUCCGACUAAUUGUGUAUCUAUUACAAAUGGUUAUGUGAUCGCCGUGUGGCUGGACCCCACCUGGUGAAACUGCAUGCGUCAAUACCGCACAAUGCUGCUGUGUGUGUAUAUAUAUAUAUAUAUAUAUGUGUGUAUAUGUAUAUGUAUAUAUAUAUAUAUAUAUCAGGAGUAUCGUAUUUGUAGAGUGCUAGAUGGUAUUUAAAUUUUUUGUUGCAAUAAAAUAUAUGCUGAGUUUCAUUAAAAUAAAUUUUAUAUUUCAUAAUAUUAUACAAAUAUUUGAAAUAAAUUUGUAGGCAUUAGGAUACUAUUGUUACGUUUUUAAAUGUUUAAAGUGCUCAUCAUAAAAAUAAAAAAUAAAAAAUACUUUAUUAUUUUUUGUUACCGUCUAAGCGUUCUCAAUUACAAUUUACUCCUAAACAGCAAAGUUUGGUUACUCAGAAUAAUCUGCUCAAUGCAUUAUAUCUUAAGUAACUGAACUGAUCCAAAACUGCCGACUUAAUGUGCAACUUUCUUUUGCCAAGCUUGUAUAAUUCUGUAUUUAAUUAAUAGAAAAAAAUUUUAUUUAAUAAUUUUGUAAAAUAUUAUGUUAUAUCCUCAAUAUAAACAAAAUUUUAUUAAUUGAAAAUCUAAUAUUAUUUUAUUAAUAAAUAGAUUAUUGAUCAAAAUUAAGAAUGAUAAAAAAUAAUGAAGAACAACUAAAUUAACACUUUUUACAUUUAAAUUUUUUUUUUUUGAAAUAUCAUUAGAUAUUACAUAUACAGAUUAAUAAUGGUAAAAGAAAGUCAAAAUUUUUAAUGCAUUAAAAUGAAAUCUGACUGUACUGCCAUAAAUAAUGUACAUUUCUCAAGGACAAAUUUCAUUGAUUGGUGGGGCUUGAGUCGCUGCUCUCUGACAACUUUGCUGAUAGACUUUGUUUAAAAAUAUUUUAUAUUAAUUUUGAUUUAUUCAUUAUAUAAAUUUUUUGACUAAACAAAUAGUUAUAUACAAAAUUCUUUACUAUAGUAAUGUUUUUGGUAACAUUUUAUAACUUAAAAUAUUUAUUUAAAUUUACAUUUAUAUUAUAAAAAAUAUUCUAUUUCUAAAAUAAAAGAUUUCUAAAAUUCUAUAUUCAUAUAGAAUAAUGUAUUCAAUCAAAAUAAUUUUUAUUGUGAAAGAUUUCUGUCAUUAUUAUAAAAAAUAUUUAUAUUAUAUUAAAAAAUUCUAUUUUUUGUUAUUUCAAAGAACAUGGUCUUUCAGCAAAAAGUUUGUCUUGAGUCACAAUAUUGCAAAAGGCAAAAGUAUAGAAUUAUUAAGAAGGAUUUAUUUUAUUUAUAAAACGUGAAUAAACGUUGGGAUAAAUCAUGCAUAAAUAUAUAAAUAUAAUAAGAAUAAUUAUAAUAGAAAAACGAAUAAUACAAUGUUAAUUUGAUAGGUAAUAUAUAAAUGAAUAUAUUUUGUAAAUAAUUUCUUGUAAAGAUACAUCUUCAUUGUAUAUAGAAACUGUUUAAAUUUUUAUUAAAUUAGUAAUAAUUCAAAUUGUGCAACAUUGUCAUACUAUUAAUUAUUUUUUGUGAUUGUGCACUAACGACACUAGAAGCACUCUUUUGGCAUCACUUAAAAUAUAUAGAAAUGUGUACGCAUACGUAUAUAUUAUAUUAUGUAUGUAUAUAUGUGAUGUAUAUGAACUAUUGUAUAUGAACAAUUGUUUUUGUGAACAGAUAAUCUAGUUUUAUAUUGUAUAAAUGUAAAUUAUACAGUUGAGAGUUGGAAUUUUUAAAAUGAAUCUGUGAUAGCCAUCACAGCAUUUUUUUAUGUUGAGAAUCUGCAUUUAAAAUGUUACAGUAAUGUGUAUGCAAUUGUUCCAUAAUUCUGUGUACGUUCCGUUAUUUGUCUUAAGUAAAUAUGCAUCUGCAGGUUAGAUUUCAGAAAUGAAGAAAAUAUUAUAUUAUAGUUAUUUUUCCUUCAUAUUAAAAUUGUAUUGUUUAAUAAGUGAAUAAAUUCUAAUUUAAAUUAGAAUCAUAUAUUUAAAAUUUUUAAAAUAAACUUCCUCUAACUAUUUCUUCAUUUUUAUAUUAAUUUAUAAAAAUUAAUAUAUAAUUUUUAAAUUUUAUAAAGAAUAAAAUUGAAUAAAAUUUAAUAUUUUCUUCAUAUUCUUUAUAGAAGCUUUGAUGGCUAUCAAAUAGUAUCUUUUAAAAAAAUAUUGUCAUAUGAACGUUGAGUAUUGAAUUCAAUAAUAUUUUGAAUAGGAAAAAUUUUAACAAAUUUCAUCUUUGAAUGAAAUCAUUUUGAAUAAUUUCGUUAAAUUUUCUUCUAUUUUUAAUAUUAAGUUAAAUUAUUUAGUUAGAACAUUGCUUGUUUAACAAAAUUUAUUUCAAUAGACCUUGACUCAUAUAUUGUAAAUAGUAGCAUGCUUAUUUUACAUGGUGGGAAUUUAUGCUGUAUAUAAAACAUAUAAAGAAAUGAAUAUCUAAAUUGUGCGUUUAAUUUGAUUCAGCCCUAUAUAUUGUAAUAGAAUCACAUAUAAUAUAAAGUACAGUAAUUUAAUAAUACAAUUUAAGAAUCAGCAGGAAAAAAAUAAAUUGUAAUUGCGAUGUACAAUAUUUUAUCUUUAAAAUAGAGAAAUAAGUUAGGGAUUAUUAUGUUAUAAUUUUAUUAUUGAAUAUUACAUUUAUAUGAUUAUAAAGAAAGUAAGCUUUCUUGCGUGUAAAUAUAGAUAUUUUAAAAAUAAG